UUGGACAAAUCCAGCUCCGUGAUUUAACUACAGCCUUGAGCAUGCUACUCAAUGAUUCUUCAUUCUUAUCUUAAAAAAAAAAAAAAUGGAGUUAAUGUCCCUUUAUCAUGGGGCCAACGAACAGUUUAAAUGAGAUAAUCUUUAUCAGUCACCUAAUAGUUCCUGCCUACUGUAUAGUAGACACUCAAUAAACAAUCCUUUCCUGUUCUUAUUUGUCUAUGAAUAGGGAUUGGGAUGGAACCAGAACACUUUACUGAUCUUUCUCUGGCUCUACGGUUAUCCCAGUGUAUUGCUAUUGUAAGCUAAUGCUGACUGCACUGAGCACUCAAUCAAGGGACAUGUGCCAAGCUAGUGACUUAGAGGCAUUAUUUUAUUUCUAUCUCCAGUGAUUGUGCACUAUGUAAGGUUCUUUCAAGGGUUUGGUUUGUUUGCUUUGGGUUGAGGGAAGGAGCCUGGAGUUCAUUAUUAAGGAAAUUAAGGACGAAGGGCCUAUUAGAUACGGCAGGUGGGUCCUCAAGCCCAAACAGCCUCCAUUUCAAAGCUUCUUAAACUUUAAGAGGUUGGGAAGAGAAUUGUUAAGGAAAGUGAAGGAGCCGUAUUUGCAAGGCACAGCAGAUAAAUCCAUACGCUGCACGGCCCUGCGCAUGUUAUUUAAGAUCUCAGAAUCUCAAUUUUCUCUAUCUGUCAAAGGUUAACAACCUUCCCUUGACAGAGUUGUUGGGACAACUAAAUAAAAAGGAAGUUGUUUUCCAAGUAUCUGGUAAAUAUUAGCUCUCAACAAAUUAUCCCUCUGAUGGCGUAUCUGUACCUUGCAGCCUCAGGGAUCUGGGAAAGCGAAGGGGGGGGCUCUACUUUCUCUCUGUGCCUCAGAUUUCCUGCCCCAGGAAACCGCACUCCUGCCCCUGGCGUUCAGGGAAAAGGGACCUGGAUGAGGGCUCCGUGGGCUGCUGCUUGGGUCCCAGAGGACCUCGCCGUAGGAUGAACCGGUUCCCUCCAGCUCACAGCCACCCCGGGGCACAAACGGGCUCAGGGCGUCCUCCGCUGGGCAGAGACGAUGAGAUUCUUAAUCCUUAGGGCAGCUCAGAGGACCACGCAGCUACUAUGCCCCUCCCCGGGCGGGCAGAGGAGUCUGUUUGAGGAAGUCACCCUGGAGACCCGGCGCGGAGCACACGGGGAGUGCGCGGGCGGCCGCAAGCGGCCGCAGGCGGAGGGAGACGCGGGCGGCGGCGGCCUCGCCUUGCGCCGCAGGCUCCCGCAGUGGAGGAGAGGGAGGUCCAGGAGGCCCCUGGCGGAGCCGCGGCUCCAGCGCUGCGGUGGGCUAUGAUGAUGUCAGACAUUGCUAAAGACAGAAUGGCUCAUUCUGUGAAGAAAAGGGGAAGUAUGUCUUCUCUAAGUGGUCGAGAAUUCUGGCAGAAAGAACUUCACAGGUGCACCAAAAACUCCAUGAGUACUGUGUCUUAUAUGGAUGAACCUAGCCAGCGGGAUGAUGCUUCUCGCCUUACAGUUCAGAUGGAAAACACCUAUCAACUAGGUCCUACCAAACAUUUUCCUGUGGUCAUUGUCAAUCGCAUUUUGAAAGAUGUGUUAACUAAGUAUCUACAAGAAGAACAGUAUGAGCCAGAGCUCUGUAGACAGAUGACUAAAACAAUUUCUGAGGUUAUUAAAGCCCAGGUCAAGGACCUGAUGAUUCCACGGUAUAAGCUAAUUGUGAUUGUUCACAUUGGACAACUGAAUAGUCAGAACAUUUUUAUUGGAAGCAGAUGCCUCUGGGAUCCUAAAAGUGAUACCUUUUCAUCUUAUGUUUUCAGAAAUUCUUCUCUCUUUGCUCUUGCAAGUGUCUAUGCUGUUUACUUUGAGUGAUUGAAAAUAAGAAAUGUAGUUCUUACUUUUUUAAAUCACAAAAUAAGCUGUAUCUAUGUACACAAAAGCUUCCCUGCUCAAAAGUUUGAGAAAACAACAGUAAUAUUUCAAACAACUGGCAUUUUUGGACUUUUUCAUGCUCUGCUAAGAACUGAGGGAGGGAAGUGUGGUGCAAGAAAAACUCUUGUUUAUCCAAAAGAAGAACUAAGUUUUGGUUCCACUGGAUCAUUUUUCAUAGACGUGGAUUCUUUUUUAAUAUUACUUUGGUACUAAUUACUUUAAUUACUCUUUAAAUAGACAGUUAAAAUUUCCUGCAUUGUUUUUUAAUGAAGACAAGUCUAAAAAAUAUGGCUGUAUACCCUGACCAAUAAACGACAGAAGAAUAUUCAACAUGGUAUACACAAAUGAUAAAUGUUAAUGUGUCUCAAUGCUGCAUGUAAAAGAAUACUGGUUUUCAUUUUGUACUUAAUAAAUUGAGCAGCAUUCAUUAACUGCAAUUAUUGUUACAUGUACCUGACAGUUGAAACUGCUGAGGUAGAAUUAGUGAUUUCAUAACAAUUACUGUUGUCCCACAGGGCUGCUCGCUAAAAUUGGAAGCUCUUGUGGGUUGCCUGCACUUUACAAAAUUGUGGGAGAGCUGAAUGUUGGCUCUUCAAUAAUGGAAACUGUAAAGUGAACAAAGGCUUUUUAGGGCACUGAAGUAGACCUCAUCGUAUUAAAUAUACAUGAUGUUUAAUAGUAAAUGUAUCUGUAACACUUAAAAUCAUGUAUUGGAAAGAGACACUGCUUUUAAAUAUACACUGCCUGAUGUGCCUUUGAAUUGAUUUUCCUGGGCUAACAAACUUUUACACAAAAUAUGUAGCUGGUAGCUUAACAAAUAAAACAUGUGUGUUUACUAUUUUGUUCCUAUGAAUUUAAUGCUAAAGUGACCCAGUGCAGGUUUGAAUGGAUGGUAUUAAAAUUUACAGGGCUGAAAUAGCUUAUUAUUCUGCUGGUUAAUGUGGCUUGUAUCAUGGAUCAUUUAUUUUUACGGAGCUUUCAACCCUUUGUGUGCAUAUGAAAUGAUGCUGAGGCGUUGUUCCUGGAUGGUAAGUGAACUGCCCAGAGGACAUUUGUUAAAGGUCAAAGACAAAUUGUACACAUGUGGAGAAAAUUAGCAACGCUAUAGUUCUAAGGAAAAAAUGAUGUGUAAUUCAUAUCAAAAAGAAUUUAAUAGAUGAGAAAACAGUUAAUGCUUUAUACUUUUAAAAUGUAUUGAUGUCUUAUUUUUCUCAAAAACAACCUGUACUAAAAAAAAAAGAAAAAAAUGUAACUUGAAAUCCCUUUCCUUCUGCUUGUUCUGGCUUUUAAGGUAACUUUUCAUUAUGAAUUGGUGAAUUUUCAUUAUUUUUUCUGUUAGGGCCUUAGUGGGAAUAGGACUAUGUAAUAAUUCACUACAACCAAUAUUUGUCAACCUCCCUAGGCCAGUUUUGAAUAUGGAUUAGAUCAUAAGUACAGUAAGUAAAUGGACUGAAUAUUUUCUUUACACAUUUGUGAACAUCUCCCCUCUUGGAAUGAUAGCAGGGGCAAUCAUACUGCAAUUUUGCAUGAGUAAAUUGGAAUGAAGAAAAUUCUUUAGGACAUAGAAAGUCCAUUACAAAAAUGGCUUUAUUUUUUUUAGAGUUCUGAAGUCUCAUCCAUGAGAUAAUUUCUUACCAUCUGUCCUAGGCUGUGUUAGGAAUCAAAACCUUAAAACAUGAUGGUAGUUAAAAAGCAAAAAAGGAAGCAGUUUACCCGCAUACUGCCAUGUACUGUAAUUCAGACAGUCAAUGAUGAAUUCUAGCAAUUUUAUGGUAGCAUAAGAAUAUACAGUAAAAACUCGCUAAUUGCAACUAACUUGGAGGAAUACUGGUUAUCAUAGAAAGCUUUAUGAUAGAAAGUUUUGAGGGAGGUAUUAGCUAACACCGUGGUGGUAAUCAUAUUGUGAAAUAUAAACGUAUCAGGUCAACACAUUGUAUACCUUACCCUUUUUUUUUUUUUAGAGAGAGA